GAGCUGCGCGUGCGCGCCGCCGCCCAGCCCGGCCUCUUCCAGGGCACGUGGAGCGAGUGGAGUGAGCCGGUCACCUUCCAGGUCCCGCCCGGGGGGCCUGAGGCAAACUGGGAACUGCUGCUGCUGCUGCUUCUAGCGUUCUUGGCCACUGGCCUCGUCUUCCUGGGCCUGAAGACCCGUCUGCCCUGGAGGUUGUGGAAGAGGCUGUGGGCACCCGUGCCCAGCCCUAAGUACUUCUUCGGGCCUCUGUAUGAGAGCCACAGCGGGGACUUCAAGAAAUGGGUGGGGGCCUCCUUCACGGCCUCCAGCCUGGAGCUGGGGUCGGGGAGUCUGGUCCCGUCGGCGCUGCAGGUUCAGUCCACAGGCCCAGCCCAGAGUCCGCCCAAGAUGCCGCCGCCGGGGCUGGCUGAGCGGCUGGAGUGUGACGGGGCCCCGGAGGGGGGCAUGGGCAGCGAGGAGGGGGAGCGGCCCUACGGCCUGGUGUCCAUCGACACGGUGAUGGUGAUGGGCGCCGAAGGCCCACACGCCUGGCCCUGCAGAGAUGACGGCUAUCCGGCCUUGAACCUGGACGUGGGGCUGGGCCCGUCGGAGCUGCUCUUGGGUGCAGUGGCCACGUCCCUCCCCUGUGGCUGCGUCUCCGCGCGUGGCCCCAGGCUGGGCGGGCUGAGGAUGCCCCUGGGUGAGGGGGGCUGGGCCGCGGGGCCGUCCUGGCCCUCCGACAGCGAGGUGGACUCCCCCCCGGCCGGCCUGGACAUGGACACGUUCGACAGCGGCUUCGCGGGCUCGGACUGCGGCAGCCCCGUGGAGAGUGACUUUGUGGGUGUCCGGGAGGAGGGCCCCCCCAGAAGCUACAUCCGCCAGUGGGUGAUCGUGGGGUCCCCCCCUGUGGGCAGGGACCCCAGGCCACCUAGCCAGGAUGGCUGCCCUCAAGAGCUGGCCAUUUCAUCAGGCCAGAGCUGGUGUGUGCAUGUUUGAGCAGGGGCCCCAGGACCUUUGCACGUGCCGGAGGCUGGGACAGACCAUGGCCCACAAGGCUGAUGCCGAGCCCAGGUCCUUAA